CCCUAAUAUAUAUAAAAUAAUGUUUAUUGGUUUAUCCUUAUGUUUCCCCUGAUAGUUAGCUGUGUUGUGGGUAAAACCUGAUUUAUUCAGUUGAUUGUGAACAUCUGUACCAUCUCUACUAAAUGUCUCACAUCAGAAAAAUCAUUUUGGUACUUAAUCAUUAACCACGGGUCAGAGUAUAAAGAGUCACUUUGACAGAGUACUCAAAUGGACAGCUUUCAUCUGAACUUUCCCGCUCCUCUGGUCCAGCAGUGGGUUGUACCAGCAAGCAUAAGAUUGAUCGUAGCCUACGUAUGGUGUACAUAAACUGUCCCUAUGUUCAAGUGUACAAACUACUAUUAAAUUAUCGGUUGCGCCACGCAAAUAGUUUCCAUGUAACACUAAAUUAUAACAUAACUUUUACGCCUCCUUAUCAUUAGUUGUAAGGUUCAUCAAAAAAAUAAACAUUUAAAAGUGGUGAAAAUAGCACGAAUGUAACUAACUUAGAAUUUUUUUUUUUCGUUUUUAAUAUGUAACAAUAUAACGUUAACAGAGAUAAUUUGAGUAACUUAAUAGCUGGCAAGCUAGAAAAAUUCACAUCCCUGCAGUUAUUUUACGUAAACCCUGAUUAUUGUGACCCCGCCCCAAACUGCAAAGUUUUACUAUGAUAGUGUGAAAUACAGUUUUACUGCCGCUGUCCCCUUUUUCCCAAGUUAACGUUGAAUUAACUCACAACAAUAAUUUCUCACAAUAAGUUAGAACACCCCCCUUAUGUACGAGGCUGAAGUUGGCUCCUUAUUUAGAUUUUCCGGUUCUCCCCUUAGAACUGAAAAUCAAACAAAGCUGUGGUAUAAAAUAACAUCAUAUAUUCCAUCAUGGGGUGUUACAUGGGGUCACUGCCAUUAAAGAUCAGUUAUGAAAAGGUGUUAAUAUUGAAAUAUUGUAAAUUAACAAAGACCUGCCAUUUGUUAUCCAAAAUAUUCUUUUACUUUAUUUGAGUAUAACAAUAAGUAUUAAUUGUAAUAAACGACUGGUUGAUAGCAAAACAAAAGUUUGACUUAUUUGUUUUAAAAAUGUGCCUUGUGACUAUCACUUUAGAAUUCACAAGACCUUAUUUCACACAUUGGCCUACAGUUUCCAUUAUGUACUAUGAUUUUUUUCCAGUACGGAGAAGAUUUAUCAGGACAAUGAGACAAUAAGAAGAGAGACCAUGGUGAAUAGCGCCAAAGUGUUUGUCACAACAUCUUGGGAUUUCAUUCACUCAAAGAUGGACACUGAGAGGGGACGUCGCUUCUUUAAAGAGAUUCUACACAGCAUCUUCUUCCAUUGCCACAUUUACAGAGAUCCAAAACUUAACAGACAAAGCAUUGAUCCAGAAGAAAUUCUAGAUGAAACGCUUCAGUCAGAACUGGCUGUAAUUUAUCCAGAUGUGUUCGAAUCGUACACAUCCCAGUUGCCCCGUAGAUCUCCUUUCUCAAUACUGUUGGAAGUGGUUGUCGAAACAACGGCGGAACGAAGAGAAAUUGCCAUUUUGAGAGAGCUGGCGCGACUCAAUGAUCAAAUGAUCAUUCACAAAAGUGGGGGUAGUUCCUGUGGAAAUGACUUUUGUUUUGGGGCCACUGUCGUGAGCUACUCCCAUUUUCGCAGUAGUGAUCUGGAAACGCAGAAGUACUUUGGUGCUUCCAUGAGUUGCAGUGGGAGGACGGCAACAAGGAUUUUCAUUUCUGUGGCCUGCAUUGAGACAUGGAAUGAUAAUGUGGCCCAUGCUGUAUGUUUGGCUGCCAAGCGUCAUCCGUCAAUCAGGCUGCCAGAUACAGUGUACUCUACAGCUUAUCGUCUGCGCACUCCAAGUGAGGGAGAGAAUAACAGGCAUACAUACGAAGCCCGGUCACCAUGUUCAUUGUGCCUCAAAAUAUUUCCAAAUGUUACAUUUUCAUCAUUACUCAAAGAACCCCUAGGUAAGGAGUCCUGGAAUUAUGGCAAUUGUGCCGAAUGUGAGGCCAUCAGUAACCUUCUGAAUGGACAGACCACUAUAAGUGAUGAGACACAGGAGCUGAAUGCCAGCUUGGAGCAUACUCUAAAGGACCUGCGUGCAGAACGAAAAAAUAUACUGAAAGGGCAUCUGAAUAGAUUCAAUUAUACGGUAACCCCAGUGGCCAGAUUUUAUAAUUCAUAAUACAAUGUAGCACAACUGUGAUACACUGUAACUCCCCAAUCUUUUAAUAAGUCGCUGAUGGUUUUAAAAUAAUUACCUUACUGUAUUUAUUAUUAUAUUUUUUUCCUGUAAACCAACUUACAUGCAUUAAAAACAUGUGUUAUAAAAUCUAAUAACAAAAUGCAGAUACUUUCUUAAUGGGAGAAAAACAUCAGUUCCGAUGGUCAAGCAUGCUCAAAAUGUAAACUUAAAUUUCAGUUUAUGUAUAUUCAUAUAAAACACAUUGAAACUGUAAUCAGUUUGAGAACAUUUCAGUUUUUUAUUAGUUUAACAGUGUUUGUGUGUUUGCCAUGUGUUUGUGAUCGCGAUGUUGCCACAAAAAAGACUCCAGAUUUUAUAACCCGAAAGACGCCAGCAGUGAUACAGUAUACAGUAGCGAUCAGAACUGAGACCUUCUUUGAACUGUGAUGUGCGAUAGUUUGAACCAAUGAAAUAUGAUUAAAAUAUAUCUCAUGUUGGAAUAACUUUCAAUUUGGAUAAGCAGUGACUUUGUAAAUUACAAAAAUGUCAGUCAUUCUUUAAUUUUGAUCACCACAAAACCCUCCUAGGGAGUCAGUGAUUGUUUUUUAAUAAUUAUAUUCCUGGGUUUUAAUUUCAAGUGCCAGUUAUUUUUUUUCUUUAUAUACUUCAUAUUUUUUCUGUGUACUAACUAUAUACAUAAAUAAAAUGCAGUUUCUUUCUUAAUGGAAGGAAGCCAUCAGGGCCGAUGGUGUACGCCUUCCAGCAUGCUUAACAUGUACCCAAAAUAUCACUCAAAUAUCAAUGUAUGCAUAUUCAUACUGUGGAAGGCGAGCUGUUGGGUGAGGAUGGGAGAGAGGCAUUAUGGGAUUGCUGUCAAUGUCUUAGGCCUUAGGCAUGAAGAUCAUUGUGUGACAUGCUGCUUGCUAGGC